CGCCCUAAUCGGAGUGUGAUUAGUUGAUUCAUGGCGCUAAUAGAAUCGAUUGGAGAAUAGAAUAGUACAACAUGCUCGUGAUCGAUCGUCUACGAACUUGUACUGCGGUACUACACUUUUACCACCACCUUCCUCUGGUGCUCCGCUUUGUCCGGCCAUGUCGCGGGCCUUGCGGUCCGACUUAGUGUCUGCUGCACUGCAUUUCUUUGUCUUUGGGUCCUACCCGUCCUCGAUCUUUGCGGGAUCGAGUCCAAUUAUGAUGCCGCGAGUGUGGAACACGUGCGACGACGCCGGCCCUUCUUCGACUGUGCACGAUGGUGCAGCACCGCGAGAGCAUAUUCUCUGGAAUCUGGUGCUCCUGCACAAGUGAGUCGCAGACUCGAGUUAUUGGUAAGGCGACGAUGGAUGGCUUCGGUGCGUACUGUCUUCGAGGUUAGUUGAUUUCGAGGACUUGGAUGGUGUUGAUGAUGUACUGCACUAGUUUUGUCGCAUCAUCUUUCAGUUUAUGCCCGAAUGCGGAGACGAAUCGAGUUGAGAGUCCACGACGACCUGGUCCCAGCGAAUAAUUGCUGGCGAUGGGAAAUUCUUGCAAGUACGAUCGGGGUUUGUCUCCCUGGGGCUUAAUGGGCUUCUGAAUUGAAGAUUUGCAUGGAGAAAUUAAUGUUUUCAUUUCCACUCUUUCUGUGCUGCAACCGGGUCUAACUCUUUGACCUGCACAUGUCCUUGCCCCUCUCACACGACUUGGCAAGUCAAGUCAAAUUUUAGCACACUUAUCAGUGCAUUAUAAUUGAAGUGAAGACACGAAAAGGUGCUUUUCAAAACAAGCGGGUGAGAGAAAUUGUCGGGAUUGAGAAAGAUUGAGAAAGAUUGAGGAAAAAGAGAAAUGUAUGGGAGAACUCACAAGGUUUGGCCAAUAGAACGGGGCAGCGAGCAUGCACGCUGCAUAAUUGAUCUCGGGAAUGAUGUGGAUACGAUGAACAAAUCGUCCUCGUUGCUGUACAAGUUUGGUCUUUGGGAGCCAAAAGGAGCAGAAAUGUCGGAAGUGCGUGGGCAGGAGCGCCAUCGGUGUGAAAGGCAUCAAUGCUCGUGAGGAGAGGAGAGAAGAUAAGAGAAGAGGAGGGACGAGCACGAAAUUCCUCUCUCCUUCGUGCUCCGAGCAAUGACAUCGGCCCCCGUGGCCUUGUCAUUGCAGAGGUCUGCAGCUGCAAGCUCUCGGAGGAGUGUAAAGGGCUUCGAUUAGUCCUGCCUUUGGAACGAUCUGAACUGGAGCUAAGGACUGGAGCUCCGAACCGACGGGCUUGGUUCGUACAAAACAGGUCGAAGGGUCACGAAAAUGUCGUUCAGAAGAUAUUUGCUUCGAGGUGAAGUAUUGUGGAAUUUGCCAUACCGACUUGCACCAGAUUAAAGAUGACUGGAAGGAGCUACCAGCAACGUACCCGAUGGUUCCAGGCCAUGAGGUUGUAGGAAUCGUGUGUGAAGUGGGGCGCGAUGUGAAGACUUUCAAACCGGGCGAUAGGAUUGGUGUGGGAUGCAUAGUCAACAGCUGCGGACAGUGCGAUCAUUGUAAAAGGCACCUCGAGCAAUACUGCGAACGAAAGUUCGUCUGGACCUACAAUGACAAGGACAUUUACGUUGAUGGAAACAUCACCUACGGUGGCUAUUCCACCCUGAUGGUGGUACCUGAGAGGUACGCUUUGAAAAUCCCAGAAGCUUUGCCCCUGGAUGCUGCUGCACCUUUAUUAUGCGCAGGUGUUACGGUUUACAGUCCAAUGAAGCACUAUGAAAUGGAGAAAGGAGGAAAAAACUUUGGAGUGAUAGGGUUGGGAGGUCUGGGCUUCAUGGCUGCUAAGUUCGCGAAAGCGUUUGGCAUGAGGAUCACGGUUAUCAGUACCUCGCCCAGCAAAGAGCAAGAGGCCCGUCACGCUCUACACGCCGAUCACUUUGUCGUGAGCACUGAUCCGAAACAAAUGAAGGCAGCAGAAAAAUCGUUGGAUUUCAUCAUAGAUACAGUCUCUGCCGAACAUUCCAUGGAUCAAUAUCUCCCUCUUCUCAGAACGAACGGAAAGAUCAUCCUCGUGGGUAUUCCUUCAAAGCCUCUGGAGGUCUCAGCUUUCAAUCUUCACGCUGCUCGGAGAUGUGUGGGUGGCAGUCUGAUUGGAGGAAUCAGAGAAACUCAAGAAAUGCUUGAUUUCUGCGGGAAGCAUCAUAUUUUUUGCAAGAUCGAGUUGAUACCCAUAGGCUACGUGAAUGAAGCUAUGGUACGGUUGGUAAAAUCAGAUGUAAAGUAUCGCUUCGUGAUCGAUGUUGCAGCAUCCACCCCACCCGAAUUCAGGCCAAACUAAACUUCAAACCCCUGUUCUCCCAACGAAUCAAAUAUACACAUGGCUGUGCAGUCAACGUGAGAUUAGAUGGUGUUCUGGUAUCCUUCUGCGCUAGCUGCGAAACAAAAUCUGGAGGAAGAUUCUUGCUCUGGACACUACUCACAGACCGGAGGAUCUCCACAUUUCCUUCGUGUACAUUUUGGCCAGGCUUGUAUUUUAUCCACAAUGCCGACAUGAAGCUGUAACUCCUUACGAUCCUUUCGCAGUCGGCCUUCCUUCCAAUUAGACGAAGUACGAACUCCACGUUCCCCGAUACCAGUUCAAGGGUAAGAAACUAAGAAGAAGCAAUUUGACAAAACCAAAUGUGAAACAUGACUACAUGAACCAGUAACCGAGAGCUCCAAAGCCAUACCUGGACCGGCUUCCUAAGAAAACCACGAAGUUCCACGAUAACUGUUGUUUGCUCCAUAGUCCCGAGGUCCUCCAAACCUCCAGUCUGACGUCGAACGCACUUCAGAAGCAACUCGAGUCUUCGAUGCUUGAUUCAUUUGGACGAGAUGCCUUAUGCUCGAGACGAGCGUCCAGAACACCUUCAGGAGUCUCAGCUGCAAGAUCCAAGCAAUCGCGUUCGACCUGAGAUGACCUCGAUACACUCUGCGGGGACAUAGGGACUGAGAAGGUCAUGCGUGUUCUCCUCUGCCCAAACAUCGCUCUGUCUCUCACGAAGGCACCAUGACACUGGAAAGCACAGACAGCAAGAAUUCGUUUCUCAAGAUCCUUCUGUGAAGGCGAUCGAACUGUCGAUCAGUUUCCAUAAUGAUCCAACGAAGCCUUCGCUGGGGAAACUCAAAACAAGUGUAGCUUGCACAACAUGUAACCUGGAUAGCGAGCAGGACCACGUAGGAGUAAGGGAAGCUGGUGGACAUGUGCCAAAUGUUUAGGAUUCCCACGAUGAAUCAACGCUUGUCAGGUUCAGUCAUCCACCUAUUGAUAAUGGAGCCGUGGAUUCGUGUUACAGACUUGUUUGUCAGCGUGACCUGUUGAAUGACAUGAACAAUCUCGUUCCAUGUGUUCGACGAUCUACUGCCGUUAUGGAUCCAAACUGGAAGGGCCAAGGCAGAACAAUUCAUACAAGCUCUGCAUGCUGACUGAGUACCUCUAGAAGAUCAUGUGUGAACGCAGGACGUCAAGCAAAUUCUCCAGUCCGUGAGGCCGUCAGCAAUGGUUCAACACAUGAUCAUAUUUCUUAAACCUCAUCCAGGGUCUCCUAUUGAAAUUCAAAGUUAAAUUAGACUGUCCUUAAAAUGUUCUCUAGAACAUAACCCUGGACCUUAACAGCAGACUCCUAUUUCCGAAUCCGAAUGAAGGGAAUCCGGAUCUAAAAUCUAGGGCAAACUGCAAUGGCAUGUUACGUGCGCGCUCAUGACUCCGUAUCUGACAAGAGCUCCGACUGAUUCCCUCCACUCUUCUAAUA